AACGCAGCGUAUCGCAAGCAGACGGCGAACUUCAACGACGAGGUGUCGCUGGGCGUCGUGAGAGCAUGCAUCCGAGCAGGCGUGCCGCAGAAAGCUUUGGUUGCCAUUUCCCCAACCAAUCCAUUUGGCUUGACGCCAUUGCUGGGAGCUGCACAUCUGAUUAUGAAGCAUGCUGCGUCAGCCAAGGAUAACUCUCUCCUGCUCUCGGCUUUUAGUCAAAUGGGGAAGGCGAAAAUUCAUCCAUCACCCACCACCGCAGACAUUGUCAUCAG